GUGCGUAUUUUAAUUGUGUACUAAGGUUUUUAUAAUUCGUUAACGUAUUAAUAUCAUUGCAUUGGCAAAAUGCCACCAACAGACGCUGACGUUUUACAAAGUGUUAAUACGAGUAAGCCUAAACCCAAUCCGAAAAAUGAUCCAACGAUGUUUCAAAUAUUUCAAAAUGUGCAAUACAACAUUGUGCAGCACAAAAAGUAUGCUAAGGAGUUGACAAAACUUUACAAAAAGAUGGAUGAGCAAAUGUUCAGAGAGAGUUUCAAGAAUGCUUUAAUGUAUUUAUUUACCUUCGGAGACACCAGCCCUAAUGUGGACCGAGUUAUCAAGUUUGUGGCCACUUUCUGCACAACCUUGGAUGAUGAGGAGGAGUUCUUGUUGUUUAUCAUCAAUAUUAUAUUUGAUUGUCAAUGUGUGUCUGGUCAGUCUGUGCGCUACCGUGCCAGUCAGUUGUUGGAAGCUGUGCUGUCAGCACUCGGUGAAGAUGCCUCUGACGAGGAUCUCUGCACCAAGUUACUCCAGUCACAGAUGCAAAGACUGCAAGACACCCGCGGCGCCGUGCGCUGCCGAGCGGCGCUCGCGUUACAGCGUCUACAGGAUCCGAUGGAUCCAGAUGACGAGGUCACAAGGGCUUACCGAUUCCACAUGAGCUGCGAUCCUAGCGCGUCAGUCAGAAGAGCCAUAGUGUCGCAAAUAGCGAAAUGUACCCGCAACGUUCCCUACGUGCUGGAGCGUUUGUGCGACGUGGACGAGGCAGUCCGCCGCGCAGCGUUCAUGUACAUCGCCAACAUUAAUGUCACUCAACUCCGGGUACGGCAGAGGGUACUCGCACUCAAGGUUGGUCUCUCCGAGCGAAGCACCCGCGUCCGCCGCGUAGUGGAAGAAAUCCUCAUCCCAGGCUGGCUGAGCACCUUUAAAGGCAAUAUCGUCGAUCUACUGAAAGCUAUACGAUUGGACAACACUCAGGAUGCUAAGGAUUCUCAGUAUGUUGCUGGGAAACUGUUGGAGUCUUUGUUCAAACGUCUCCCAAUCUCCGAGCUCCUCCUAUGGCUACCAACAGAGAAAUCCCUCCGCCUUAUAGCCGCAGAGAAGCUGAAUAAGGAAACAGCGUGGUACUGGAGACAUUUGGCCGAGCAUCUGCAGAAAAUUGACGAUGAUGAGACUUUGGAGAUGGUGCUACCAGAUCUUGUUGUGUUGAUCGGGUACAUCAGAGCUAUCGUGGAGUCUCCGUAUCCCUCUGAAGCAGAUGACCCUGUAAGCUUCAGCACACGUCAAUAUGUUCUACACGAACUUGGCUGCAUGCUGCGCGUCUAUGAUACAGACCCACCAGGCCGUGCUGCGCUACAGAACCUUAUAACCGACGUGCUCACAGGUGACUAUGGACACCUCAGUGCAGACGUUAUCCGACCCUUAGUAUCAGCGCUAGAGCUAGUGUUCCCUGAGCUAUCUCCGCGUAUGGAGGUGGUCUGCGGCGUGAUCUCCGCGCUCCGCGACCCGCCCGAGCCUGAAGCGCCGCCGCCGCCGCCGCCGCCGCAGGCAGACACGCAGCAGAUCAAGAUGAAGCGAGCGAGAUUACGCGUGUCACUAAACGUAGCAAUAGAGGCGCAAGAAGACGCGGUUAGGGAGGAGAACUACGCACUCGCCGCAGAGUGCAAAGCUAAGGUGGCAGACAUUCAGAAACAAUUGGAAGAACUAGAGGUGCAGGCCGCUCCGCCACCGCCGAUGCCCGUUCCUACCAUCAGAGAGAAGGUAUCGGACGCCGAAACGCUAGUCAAGUGUCUGACCAUUCUGAACGCUGCAUUGGAUACACCACAACUAAAAACUGUUACACCCAUGCUUCACACAAUGUUCAAUGAAUUGGAAGUGGACAUCUUCCAAAACCCCGACAUUUUAGAGCCCGCUCUAGAAACAGUAGCGUUAUUUGGAAUGUUGGACAAGAAUUUCGCUAAGGACAACAAGGCAUUCUUCUUCGCUAAUCUGAUCGACACUUCAAACGAGUCAGUAGUACUCACAGUGCUACGAUGUAUAGUAGACCUGCUCUGCGUUCACGGCGUGCGAGUAUUCGAAGACGAGGAAUCACAGGACGACUCCAAAAACGUGUCUAAAAGUAGGAGGAAGGCCUAUGUAGAUGCUGUAGAUGAAGACGGUUCUAUUUCGGAGUCUAUCCUGUCAGUCUCUCCGGCGCAUAGUACUGUUAUCGAGCUGCUGUUGAAAAUCAUGGACAGUCCAUGUGCAUCGUACAGGCUGAUAAUAGUGGAAGGCCUGUGCCGACUACUGCAUCUUGGACAAAUCGAAUCCCCCUCUAUACUGAGCAGGUUAAUGCUACUUUGGUUUAACCCGGCUACAGUGGAGGAGGAUUUGCUGCGCCAGACGAUCGGAGUUUUCUUUCAAACGUUCCCUGCGAACGUUGACGGCGCACAGGAACAAAUUCAGAAAGCAACACUACCCACGUUGCGAACGCUAGCAAAUGCUCCAUCCAGUUCGCCGCUAUCAGAGAUAGACCAAGAAGCGGUCGUCAGGUUUAUUGUGUCCCUCACAAGAAUCAACCACGAGCUUACUGACAGUCAAGGAUCCAUGGCGAUGUUGCUCUGUGGCUACCUGGUCCGGCGACCGUCGUCUUCAGAAGUGGGACUAGCUUGUCGAAUGCUAGCACUGUUGUCACCUCCAAGAGACGCGCAUCAGGCAUCAGUGCUGGCGAAUAUGCUGAAAGAACUGUGUCUCAAGCUGCCUGACAAACAGUCGACUCGUAACCUCACCCGUUACCUAGGGGCUAUAGAAGCAUCUGAACGUCUUACAAUGAACAAAAUGUCUAAUACCGGCGUCACAGAAGGAACAAUGCAAGGCGAUGACACCACAUUUGCAAACAUGGGAGGCAGAGUCACUACCUCUCUACCAAUCACCCAACCAUUAGCCAGAAGCACUCAUGUUGUCGUCAACGACACAGUUGAAGAAGAGGUGGAAAUAGACGAGACUUCACCAACGGAAGUCAUAUCAAAAAUAAAUGAAGAAAGUACAGAACCCACUCCUAUGGCGGAGGAGAACUCCCCGGACUCCGUUCCCGACUCGCAGCCGACAGCGGAGGCCGGGGACAGCGACAGCAGCGGAGUCUCACCGGUCAAGAAAGCUAAAGUCACCAAAGGCAAAAAGAAGAAACUGUCCAUCACUAAACAAGGCUCAGACACUACCAAAGCUAAAGGCAAAAAAACUAAAGAAGUUACUGAAGAAACAGAAAACGGAAAAGAAAAAGGCAAGAAGACUAAGGAAAGUUCAGAAGAGACAGAGGUAAAAGGCAAGGGCAAGAAAGCUAAGGAAAGCACAGAAGAAACUGAAAAGGGUGGUAUUAAGAGAAGCCGGUCUCAGAGAUCAGUAGCUGAUGUUGAUAGAGCCCAAAAAGCCAAAGCAGCCAAAUCAAAGAAAGCUCCUCCGAAAUCCCCCUCGCCUCCCCCCUCCUCUCCCUCCCCUACCCUCAAAGGCAUCGACACCUCCAACAUCACCGUCCGCAAGUCAAGAGGCCUCCAGUCCAGUUCUAGCACAGAUUCUGACAGUAAUAAAGCUGGUAGGAAGAGCAGUGAAAAUAUACCGGCUAAAGGGAAGAAGGGAAAAAAGGAAGAAGUUAAAGGGAAGGCCAAAGGAAAGAAAGCAGCAGUGACCAAAACCACGAGCCGGCCUCAAACCCGCGCCUCCACCAGCUCCCGCAGUAGCACGGGCAGCUUCCCGCCCGACGACGACUCGGGAGACGAGACUGAACUACACACUAUCGUCUACGAUAAUGAACUUCAACAAUCUCUGCUAAAUGAUACCAGUGAGCUGAUCGAUAGCAGACGCGACUCCAGGGGAAAUGUCACCAUCCCUGAGACGCCGGAAGGAAGCGAUUUAUCCGAUUCUGAACCAGAGGCAGUGAUAACAAAACCAAAAGGCAAACGGAAGUAGGAUAUUAAAACAAGAAAAAGUGUGUUUUAACAAUUUAUUAAUUAUUUGUAUAAUACGAAUUACAGUACGAAUGGGCUAGAAAAAAUGCAGAUACAAAGCGUUUUUUCUAGCAUAUUCAGUAGUGCUCAUGAAUUUACGCUUAAUUGUAAUUUUGUACUUUAAUUAAAUGCAUUUACACAAACAUGAAAA